AUGAAACUCAAAGUUUUGGAAAUUCUGGAUGGAAUCGGGGAUCAAGUCAAUUCGGAAACUCUGGAAACCAGAAUCAAUUCGGUGGAAGUCAGAAUGGUUAUGGAUCAUCUGGCUCAAGCCAAUUUGGUUCAAAUUAUGGAAGUUCUAGAUCAUCAUCUAGGUCAAACCAAUCGAGAAGUGGAUUCGGAAACACUGGUAACAGAAACAGUUAUGGAUCUUCUGCAUCAAGUCAAUCUGGUUCAAACUUCAGAAAUUCUGGAUCUUCCUAUGGAUCUAGAGGUGGAUUUGGAAACCAGAACAGCUAUGGAUCGUACGGUUCAAGUCAAUCGGGUUCGAAUUUCGGAAGUUCCAGCAACUCGAAUAACCAAAAUGGAUAUUCCAACCAGAACAAUGGAGGAUAUCAAUCAAAUGAAGGUUCAGGAUAUGAAUCAUCAAACCAAGAAUCAAGUGGAUUUGGAAAUUCCGGAUAUUCUGGUCAAGGAAACUUCGGAAACUCAAACAAUAAUCAACGAUCUUUUGGAGGAUUUUAAUUUUGAAACGAACUAUUUUUAA